GAGUAUAAGGCAACCCAAAGGCAGCUGGAGGCAGUGGGGGAGCCUGGGCCCUGUGAGUAUAGCCAUGGUGCUCAGCUUUCUCUCCCCGAACUUGUCCCGCCUGGGCCUGUGGGCUUCCGUAGUGAUCCUGAUCGUAAGCGUCCUCAAGCUCUUCAGCCUGCUGGGUCUUCGAAGGGAGUGGCUUGGUGUGACAAGCAUUCCUGGACUUAGAGCAGCAGCUCUGGGGCUGGAGAGAAAUCUGGGGUCUGCUGGCCACACUGGAUUCCUGAGCGGUCCUUGUCUUCUGUUAUUGUUUCAGAUCCAGAAGUUGGGGAGCCUGGACAAGGUGGUAUCCUGGUCCCAAGAGUUCCCCUAUGCCCAUCCACUCUGGCUUGGACAAUUCGUUGGUUAUCUGAACAUCUAUGAGCCUGACUAUGCAAAAGCUGUGUACAGCCGCGGAGACCCAAAGGCUCCAGAUGCUUAUGACUUCUUGCUCCAGUGGAUCGGGAAAGGCUUACUGGUUCUCGAUGGGCCCAAAUGGUUCCAGCACCGCAAACUGCUCACACCUGGCUUCCACUAUGAUGUGCUGAAGCCCUAUGUGGCCAUAUUUGCCGAGUCCACACAUCUCAUGCUGGACAAGUGGGAGAAAAAGGCUAGUGAAAAUAAGAGCUUUGACAUCUUCUGUGAUGUAGGCCAUAUGGCGCUGGACACCCUCAUGAAGUGCACCUUUGGUAAAGAAGACAGUGGCCUAGGACACAGAGACACCAGCUACUAUACGGCAGUCAGUGAGCUCACAGAGCUGGUGCAGCAGCGCCUGGAAUCCUUCCAGUACCAUAAUGACUUCAUUUACUGGUGCACUCCACAUGGCCGCCGCUUCCUGCGGGCCUGCCAGAUAGCCCAUGACCAUACAGAUCAGGUCAUCAAGCAGCGGAAGGCAGCCCUGCAGGAUGAGAAGGAGCAGAAAAAGAUCCAGCAGCGGAGACAUCUGGACUUCCUGGACAUUCUCCUGGGUGUUCGGGAUGAAAAUGGGACCAAGAUGUCAGAUGCAGAUCUCAGGGCCGAAGUGGAUACAUUCAUGUUUGAAGGCCACGAUACCACCACUAGCGGCAUCUCUUGGUUUCUCUACUGCAUGGCCCUUUAUCCUGAGCACCAGCAGCGAUGUAGGGAGGAGGUCCGUGAGAUCCUAGGAGACAAGGACUCUUUCCAGUGGGAUGAUCUGGCCAAGAUGACCUACCUGACUAUGUGUAUGAAGGAGUGCUUCCGCCUCUACCCACCUGUGCCCCAGGUGUUCCGCCAGCUCAAUAAGCCAGUCACCUUUGUGGAUGGCCGCUCUCUGCCUGUAGGAAGCCUGAUCUCUAUGCACAUCUAUGCCCUUCACAGGAACAGUGCUGUGUGGCCUGACCCAGAGGUCUUUGACCCAUUGCGCUUUUCUCCUGAGAACGUGUCAGGACGCCACCCCUUUGCCUACAUGCCUUUUUCUGCAGGACCCAGGAACUGCAUUGGGCAGCAGUUUGCCAUGAACGAGAUGAAGGUGGUCACAGCCCUUUGUUUACUGCGCUUUGAAUUCUCUCUGGAUCCCUCAAAGCUGCCCAUCAAACUUCCCCAGGUGGUCCUGCGCUCCAAAAAUGGCAUCCACCUCCACCUCAAGUCACUGGGCUCUGGGAAAUAGGUCUUUGGAGAUCAUGACUUGGACAGUACAGGCUGUGGCUUUUUCUGGGACAUUGCCCUUUUAGAUUAAGUGUGGAGUUGUCAUGGAUCCCAGCUUUUGGGGGCUUAAAGAUGUGAAAGCAUUGGAACUGACAGUCUCAUGGAAGGCAGUCCCUUGUAAACACGUGUGUCUAAUGACUCAGUGCCUGGACUCUGGAGCUCAUUUCUUUACUCCACAAA